AUGUCAACAAGAAAACCAGCAGCAACCACAAUAUUUGAGCGCGUGAGUGACAGUUUUAAGUUUUUCAAAAACUCCAUUUCUAAAAUGAAGGCUAGCCAUCCAAUUAACAAUGCCAGGGAUAGUAGUGCUAUUACCAUGAGUAAUGUUAAUGUUGAUAGUUUCAAAAAUAUACCUCCUAGUAUUAAUACAAGUGGUGAUAUCUCAUCAUCAUGGAAUCAAACAAUAUCCGAAGCAGAGAAAUUAGUACAAUAUGAUCGGAGUAGUGCCGGUGGUAAUGUAAACUUUAGAAAUAGCAGCAGUAUAUCGUACAUUGAUCCAAUUAAACUUUUAGGUAGUGAUCUAUUAGAUUUGACACGGAACAUCAAAAGAUUACUGGGUAGUGGGCAUCCUUUAUUAGAAUCAAUCAGCAAAUAUUAUUUCACAUCACAAGGAAAACAUAUAAGACCAUUACUCGUGUUAUUAAUAUCACAGGCUACCAGCCUAGCACCAAAACAAUACCAAACAUCUUCAUCAACGGAUUAUUACGAAAUAAUAGAUUCUCCAAUAUCGCCUUCUUUUUCAUCUUUAGAACUAGUGAACAAGUCACCAAAAGAGAUAUAUCAACCGUCAUUCUCUGCACAAGGGACAUAUAUUCUACCGACACAACGUCGUCUCGCCGAAAUCACCGAAAUGAUACAUACCGCAUCGUUACUUCAUGACGACGUGAUUGACAUCUCGGAAACGCGUCGUAAUCAACCAUCGGCAAGCGCCAAUUUCGGGAACAAGAUGACGAUAUUGGCCGGUGAUUUUUUACUUGGCCGUGCUACCAUUGCUUUGGCACGAUUACGAAAUCCAGAAGUAAUUGAGUUGUUCGCGACGAUUGUCACGAAUCUUGUUGAAGGUGAAUUUAUGCAAUUGAAGAAUAUCAACAGGAUCGAUAAUAGAAAUAGUAGCAGCAGUCAUAAGGAAAAAAACGAAAAAAGUUUCACGUUUGAUUAUUAUAUGGAAAAAACUUACAUGAAGACCGCUAGUCUGAUUGCAAAUAGCUGUCGUGGUGCUUCGAUUUUGGGCGGGUGUACGCGUGAAAUCAGCGAUAUCGCUUACGAUUAUGGACGUAAUUUAGGCUUAGCGUUUCAGCUUGUGGACGAUAUGUUAGAUUUCACGUCCUCUUCCGACGAAUUCGGGAAACCUGUAGGUGCUGAUUUGAAGUUGGGGCUUGCAACCGCACCGGUGUUAUACGCGUGGGAGGAGUUCCCAGAAUUGGGGCCGUUGAUUGAUCGGAAAUUUAAAGAUAAAGGUGAUAUCGAAAUGACGCGUAAUCUGGUAUAUCAAAGUAAAGGACUAGAAAAAACCAAAUUAUUGGCUGCGUCACAUUGUAAGAAAGCCAUUUCUUCGAUCUUAAACUUACCUAAAUCUGAUGCACGGAGUGCACUUGUGCAAUUGACAGAUAAAGUUUUAACUCGUAAGAAAUAA